CUCCUAGCUCAUAGUAUUUAUAGUGUGUCAGGGCCGAUAAUCUCUAUUCAUGGUCGUCAGCAGAGUGAUUAGUGUUGGAGGAGGGGUCACAUGACCCAGGGUUAGUGCUUACAGCACCAGGACGUUCGCCACUACUGGUGCAGCCAUGACGAGUGCGAGGAAGAAACCUGUUGAUGCAGAUGAGAUUAAGAGGCUGGGAAAGAGAUUUAAGAAACUCGACCUAGAUAACUCGGGCUCCCUGAGUGUGGAGGAGUUCAUGUCUCUACCUGAGCUCCAACAGAAUCCACUCGUGCAGCGAGUUAUUGACAUAUUCGACACAGACGGCAACGGAGAGGUCGACUUUAAAGAGUUCAUUGAAGGAGUCUCUCAGUUCAGCGUCAAAGGCGACAAACAGCAGAAGUUACGCUUCGCCUUCCGGAUCUACGACAUGGACAAAGACGGCUUCAUUUCCAACGGGGAGCUCUUCCAGGUCCUGAAGAUGAUGGUGGGCAGUAACCUGAAGGACACUCAGCUGCAGCAGAUCGUCGACAAAACCAUCGUCAACGCCGACAAAGACGGCGACGGCAGGAUUUCCUUCGAGGAGUUUUGUGCGGUCGUGGGUGGACUGGACAUCCACAAAAAGAUGGUCGUGGACGUCUGAGAGCUGCUCAUCUCUGUUUCCUCGUCCGUUUACUGGAGAUCUGUGUGAAGAUCCAGUCUCCUGAUGGGUCGGGAGCUCAGCGUCGCACUUUAAAAAGUCGACUGGAAAUAACCUCUUCAGUUUGGAGGGAAGCUGAAGUGUUUUUACUGAUUUUAUUCGGGGGGGGGGGGGGGGGCGCAUGGGUUUUAUAUUUUAUUUAUUUUGGUGUCAUCUCAUCGGCGGUAAAGAUUUCUGAUCAAACAGCAUGAAGUGCCAACAACAGUUUACUGACAGCUGAACUUGGUUUAUUCUGAGUUCACCUUAAUUCUGACAGAAAUGAAGAAACACAUCUGUGAAAUUUAGCUUCCUUCUUCUGCCAAAACAUUUUUUCCCAAAACACUCGAAUAGUAAAAUGUGUUAUAAUUUUCAAUUACAUUCUUUUUACUAAUUUCAUUUCAUCGAUGAAACACUAAAAGCAGUUGCCGCCCUACAAUCACUGUUAGCGUUUGUGCUACUUUUGUAAGAAUAAUUACGGAACUGAAGCCAAAAUAUCCCAGAGAAGGGCGCCGCCAUCUUGUGAUGUCAUUUACGAGCAGAAGCCCCGUCUCCUGCCCAGUAAGAUCUACAGGUAGCUGAUGUUAGCUAGGUAAUGUUUAAACUAGUGCUGUCAAACCAUUAAAACUUUUAAUCUGAUUAAUCUCAGAGUUCCUGUGUAUUAAUUUCAAUUAAUUAUGAUGAAAUAAUAAUAAUAAUAAUUUUUAAUCUAUGUUAGUCGCAUUUAAUUUUGCAUGAGCAAACAGACUCAAGAAAGAACGGUUGAUUUAACUCAUUCAACAGUUCCAACAAAACAACUUGUCCCUGUUUCUACAGAGACGAACUAACUUGUUGACAUUGUCCAAUGAGAGGAGAGCUGACCGCUUCUCAUUUAUAUUAUUAGUGCAGCUGAGAACAGUCUCUCACAUGGGACAGUGGUUGAAGGAGUGGACACAUAUUUACAGGACAGCAUUGCCAGCUUGUCUUUGUCUUGGUUUGUCUCUAGCUUUUAGCCACAUUAGCCCAAGUGCUAGCAGUAUCCUAGACUGACGCUUGGCUUAAUUAAUGUGCUAUUUUAAGCUGGAAGUGCUUUAGUGAAAAGAAAACUCCUUCCUGCAGAGUGUGAUAAUACUUGAUGUGGCUCCACUGAUCCAUCUUGGGGUUUUUUUUUGUCCUCAAAUGUCUCAUGGUGAGGACUUAAGUGCUGUUUAGCAUGUUCCAUCUCUUUUGGUUGGUUCUGCUGCCUGUCACUAUCAGAUCAGCUGCACAUUUGUUCAUGGCGACGGUAACUUAUUAGGUUAAAAUGAUCGAUCAGAUUAAUUAUGAUGACAGAUUAAUCCAUGUUAAUUUUGACAGCCCUAGUUUAAACUAUAUAAGCUCACAUGAACUGCUCAAGUGGUGACAUCGGCCACUGCUAGGCAACUGUUGGCUGCAGGGCUAACAGUUAGCAUGCUAAUGACUGGGUAACUUAAUCCUCAGGCAUCAUUAGGGCCAUUUUUGUCCAUGUUCCUCUUCAUUCGGCCGCCAUUUGGCUGUUAGUGGACGUGGCCCAAUUAUAUUAACUCACCGUCCACUAGAGGGCGGCGUUCAUACGCAACACAGUAAACAUUGGAGGACCCACCCUCUGAUUGUAAAACGACGCCCAGAACAAGAUGGUGGUGCCGGUUUCUGCCAUGUUUGAGCUUCACUGUACCACACUGGGGGCAGGAGACAUCUUUGUUUGCAUUUACAAAAAAUUAACGUGGAAGAAACUCACCACACAUCACUGAAGUUCAGAAAGAUAUCGCCUUCUUUUUUUUUUUCUUUUUUUGUCAUUGUCCAGAAACUCUGAAACAUUCCUGAACAUUUAGGACGGUGUAAAUGGACGUGAAGCUUCUUUAAAAUGACAAAAACUAUCCAUUGAUUAUUUAAAAUAAACUUUCUGUUCAGUUUUUGCUGCUUCUGGCUUUUCAUGUGAUUUUGUGUAGAAGCAACGUGAUGCAUGUUCUCGGCUUUUACAGUUUUUCUAUGAACACGAAGAGGAAGAAACACCAGUCGGACACCUUCGUCCUCCUGCGUUCACAUUUAUUUAAGUUUUAAAUGAUGGUUUCAAGAACACAAGAUUUAAACCUUUAACGUCAGCUUCAGAUACUUCCUGCUUUUAUGUGACAUUUACACAUAUUUAGAUCAGACUGUCGACCAUUUUUAAAAACAAACUAAACAUCGUCUGUGAACAUCAGCGUCCCACAUUUCUGCAACAUUUAAUUAAACUCAUUAACUCAAUAAACAAGAUAUUACUUUAAUUUGCUUCAUGAGAGCUGGUUGGUGGUUCUUCUUUGGUCUGUAUCGCUAAGCUAAACUAAGCUAUGCUAAGCUAACUGGCUUCAUGUUUAACAAACGUGUCUUUUUUUCUUCUUUCUUGAUUUGUUUCAAUUGUAUACAAAUACAUGUACUUAUUUAUUACGCCAUUUGAUGUAAAAAUAACACGACUUACUAAUAUCCUGAUCCUGUUUUUCUUUCUUCUUCUUUUUUUUUUUAAAUAAUGAGUUCAUCAAUAAAACAAGUUUCGAAACAGUGAAA